AUGAAAGACCAAGUGAUCGCGAUUGUGCGCGAGAUUGGCCGACAGCGAGCCAUCAACAGAUUCCAUAGAACCUGCUAUUCACUUCUUCAGGAACUGCGGACAAAGGUCUCCAUCGCAUCAGCCAAUCUGCUUCUAGUAUACCAUUCAAAUACAGCACCUACACCUGGGGGCUACUUUGCAGCUAAAGAGAUGGCUAGUGAGCUUGAGGAGGCUGUGAAAGGGGUUCGAGAAGUCGAAGCGCAGGCUCUCGCAGCCUGGAAAUCCAUCUUGAAUCUAGAACGGAGCAAUUCAGUUCCAAGUCUUACAUAUCUUGGGGAUAAUUAG